AUGGCCGCUACAUGGGCAGAUAUCCAGCGCCUUGUCUCCGAUUUGCAGAGGGUGCAACUUUCACAGUCGUCUAAAAAGCUAUCAGAAGCAAACUGUGUGGAGGUGGUGUCGAAACUCAUUCAAAGAUCGUUGAUCGAUGUUGUGUUCACAAGAGAUGGACAUUCAUACAUUACUAAGAAACAUCUAGCCACUGAGGUGCGAAAUGAAUGCGUGGCCUUGGGUGGAAGGGCCCCUCUUACCGAUAUAGCCACCUCAUUGAAUGUUGAUCUUGAGCAUGUAGAACGUAUCGCUCAUCAACUUGCUGCAGAAAACACUGAGUUCAAGAUUUCUGGAGGCGAGCUAUUUGCCGAGGAGUAUGUCACCAAUUUGCAAAAUGAACUCCGAACUCUUCUCGCAGAACAUGGUUACCAAACUUUGUCGUCGCUGUGUAAACACUGGAAUCUGUCACAGGAAUUGCUGCGGUCUUUGUUGCUCGAUCACCUCCCAACUGACUUCAGUGGAGUUCUCGAAGGUGACACCAUUUUCACGCAAGAAUACUUGGAGGCACAUAAAAACUUAUUGAGAGCAUUACUUUCGGCUAUUACCAAGCCUGUUGCCAUAAGCGCAAUACAAGGACGAGUCGGAUUACCCACUAAUCGAUUCUGGUGUGCUUUCGACGCUCUUUUAGCAGAAGGCGAGGUUCCUGGAAGGUUGUCCGGGUCUCGAUCGUCACCCAGCUGUAACUAUGUACCUCAUAUUCAUGACCAAUUGGUCCGAGUGUAUGUGCAGAAUACUUUCCGUCAACAGGAGUUUAUCCAGACAUCUGCAUUGAAAAAGCUCGGUCUCAGCGAAGUGCAAAUCCAGACGCUAUCUUCCAUUCUGCUUUCAAAGGCCUUACUUCAGCAGUGUUUCACGGCAGUAAAAGAAGCUGUACGGGAGUCGGACAUUUGCGAAGUCCAGUCAGCGUUGCAGUCUUUGGCUAUACCCUUCGAUGAUGCGGAUUUGAUAACAAUUUCGGAGCAGGUGGCAUCUACGGAAGGUGAUCUGCACAGUGCCGGAACGUACGUCUUCUCAGAUCGGAUGCUGUCUAAGGCUGUUGAAAGGCUAAACGGCCGUAUUGAUGCAUGGGCACAUGAACUGGUACGUGUAAGUGUAGUUCGAAUUGUAGCUUGUACUUGUAGUGAAACCCUUGAAGAAUGGAUUCUUGGAAUUGAGGUAGUACCUGAAGAUAUCGUGACGGAUGUAGUGGAGCGAGUCGCUCCCCAGGUCGAUGACAAAAUCCGUGCACGCCUCACUGAAAUAGCUGCAGCUCAACAGAAUGCAGCUGCGCAAUCGCAAAAGAAGAGUCUGGCACAACUCCAACAAAAAGCUCAAGGGCUCUAUUCUUCCAUAUGUAUGUUCGAGUCAGCAAGCUCAUCAUUUCCUGACUCACUUCGUGAUGAACUUCGCCAGUAUUUGCUCCGUACAAUGGGCACGGAUCUAGCCAAUGCGGUUCUCUCGUGCGCCUCAGGGACAGAAAAUGCAGGCCAACUGAAAGAGAAGCAACGAGAAGAUACAAUUUCUUCAUUACCAACGGCUUUGCGUGACACCAUGAACGCCCUUUAUACCUCUUUACGAGGUGAAGACCUCGAUGCGUUCCAUUCAGCCGUUUUCGAUCUCUCAUCACCUACUACACUCUCAAUUGCACUGAAGCAGCCUGAUUCGAAAACUAGAGCUGAAGUGCUAGAAAGCUAUGUUGCUGAACUGAAGGAACAGGUGAUGGCCCAGACCGAACCGGCUGCAGUAUUGCUGUCUUGUGUUCUCUACCUAUUGGCAAAGCAUGGAAAACCAGUAACUGCAAGUGGGCGAUUUGUUGCUCAGUUGACACCACAGUUAAACGGAUCUCCUCUAUACGAUCUAUUGGUGUCCGCUCAACGACUGGUCGUACAGUGCUUGAAGAACAAGACUGAUGAGGUGGCUAAGGACAUGCUGUCAUCGGAAAUUGAGAGCCUAAAACAGAUGGUGCUAAGUUGA